GUACGUCGUCACCGGUUGGUCGUUUUCCGCAUUUCUACUGGCCGUUCAAUUCUUUAACUUUAGCUCCAUUUUCCACCAGUUUAAUCUGUUUGUCAUCUUAUGUAGCAGCUUUUGGUUCAUUGUAAAAGCUGAACAGGUCGCCCCUUUGACACGUCUGCGCUUCUGGCCCAGAAACGGUGUUGUUUUUCAUGCGGAAACCACUGGAAAAGGCGGGCUAGCCGCUGCUAGCUAACAGCUGUUUGGGUUUCAGCAGAGUAGCGUCACUGUGAGGGAGCCGAGCCGCCUCAAAGGUUCUAUGUCCUGAGACCGCAUCAUUUGGACUGAGGAUGUACCCGCCUCCCAGGAAGGACUUCAUUGCUUUAACCCUCAGUGAUCCCCACAGUCACUCCUACAACAACGGCAAACACCGAAGACAAUCCUGCUGGAGGAAAUGGAAGCAGCUGUCUCGGCUGCAGCGAAGCCUCAUCCUCUUCCUGCUGGCUCUGCUGCUCAUAUUAGUGCUGGUCUCCUAUCCCAGCAUCACAGAGCAUUGGAGAGGGCUGUCUGAGAAGGAGGACUGGUUGGAACUGAAAGACAGAGAUUUGCACAUGGUUCCUCCAGGCCUGAAUCCUGUGCUGAGGCUGCCUGAAGGUAACGCUCCUGCUUCUGUAGCUGGCCUACAUAUGGAGCCAGCUGAAGAUCCACAGGAUCUGAUGGAGCCCAGAGGACCACAUAUCCCUGUUUUGGCUAGACCUCCUACCAAGCGUAAGCCAUUUUCAAACAAAAGACCUCCACCAGGCUCACAAAAAGAUGGAAAUGUUUCUGAUACAGUCAGUGACCCAAAGCAAAACCAUGAAGUGGUUCGGGAAGAAGCUGGGGAGGAGGAGGAAGAGGAGAAAAAGAAAAUUGUCAGCUGGAGAGGAGCAAUGAUUGAAGCUGAGCUGGCCACAGAGCCUCCACCCUCAGCCAAUGAGAAAGAAGCUGUGGAGCCACGAGCACCCGCCGACCCUGCAGCCACCGUCCCUCAGCAAGCUACUGACCAACUGGAAGCUGUACGUGAUGCCUUCAAACAUGCUUGGAAAGCCUACAAGGAAUACGCCUGGGGUCACGAUGAGCUCAAACCCAUCUCUAAGUCCUUCAGUGAAUGGUUUGGAUUGGGACUGACUAUGAUCGACUCUUUGGACACCAUGUGGAUCCUGGGCCUUAAAGAAGAAUUUGCUGAAGCCAGGAGCUGGGUGGAGAAGGAGCUCUCCUUUGACAAGAAUGUGGACGUGAAUCUUUUUGAGACGACUAUUCGUAUUCUGGGUGGGCUGCUGAGCUGCUACCACCUAACAGGAGACCAGCUCUUCUUAGACAAAGCUCAAGAUCUCGGGUCCAGACUGAUGCCGGCCUUCAAAACGCCCUCAAAAAUCCCGUUUUCAGAUGUCAACAUCGGGAAGGGAACGGCGCACCCGCCGCGGUGGACAUCGGACAGCACGCUGGCUGAGGUCACAAGCAUUCAGCUGGAGUUCAGAGAGCUGAGCCAUCUCACCCAGGACCCUCAGUACCAGGAUGCUGCGAAUGAGGUAAUGAGGCUGGUCCACAAGCUGCCCGGCAAACAUGACGGCCUGGUGCCCAUGUUCAUCAACACCAACAGUGGCCAGUUCUCCCACAAAGGAGUGUUUACUCUCGGCGCCCGGGCCGACAGUUAUUAUGAAUACCUGCUGAAACAGUGGAUCCAGGGGGGCAAGACAGAAGACAAUUUGUUGGAGGACUACCUGCAGGCAAUCGAAGGAGUGAAAAAGCAUCUGGUGAGGCAGACGGGGCCUGGCAGGCUGACCUUUGUCGGAGAACUUUCUCACAACCGCUUCAACCCAAAGAUGGAUCAUCUGGUGUGUUUCCUGCCGGGAACUCUGGCUCUGGGGGCGCACAAUGGCCUCCCAGGGGACCACAUGGACCUAGCUGUGCAGCUGAUGGAGACCUGCUACCAGAUGUACAAACGGAUGGAGACCGGUCUCAGUCCUGAGAUCGCUCAUUUCAGCAUGCAGGCCAGCGAGGGUCAGGAUGUGAUUGCAAAGCCUGCUGACAGACACAACCUGCUGAGACCAGAAACAGUGGAGAGUCUGUUCUACAUGCACAGGUUCACCAAAGACUCCAAGUACAGAGACUGGGGCUGGGACAUCCUGCAGAGCUUCAACAAGUACACCAAGGUACCUGGUGGCGGCUACACAUCCAUUAACAACGUCGGUGACCCUGCUAACCCUGGACCCCGAGACAAGAUGGAGAGCUUCUUCCUGGGUGAGACGCUGAAAUACUUGUACCUGCUCUUCUCAGAUGACAUGGAGCUGCUCAGUCUUGACAAGUACAUCUUCAACACAGAGGCUCAUCCUCUGCCCAUAUGGCCUUCUCCACCCAAAUGAAAGUCUGGGUCCUCGAAGCGACCAUCGGGCUGGAACUGAUCUUUUCUUUUCUUUGUUCUGGUUCACAUCUCCUUUAUUUUUCCUAAGGAAAAGGUUUUGUAUCUGAGCUGGCCUCUUUCAGAUCAGACCCUCCAGCACACUUUGUUACAGGUGGGGACUAUAAUGACUGUAUAUAUUCUAAUUUUGGGUUAUUAUAUGAGGUGAAAGUCACUCAUUAGUUGUGUUAAAUAUCUGAAUCAAACAUUUAGUGGUGAUUUCUAAAAGGUUGGUUAAACUGAAGCUGAACAUUAUCCCCUCUCUGGUGAUUGAAGUAAUGUGUUGAUGAUGUGUUCAUGUGACGCUGCACGGUUCUUUGGGUCAAGAUGAUUAAACACUGGAGACGGUUAAUAAAUGAAACAUCCAAGCUUACACACAUACAAAACCAGGCUCUUUUCCGAACGUAGAUAAUUUUUUGAAGGUUAAUUUAUUUUUAUUUAUUCAGGUUUUUUUGGUAUUUGUGUCUUCAACUGUAUGCUUAUUUGUUGUGGUUCUUCUACUAGAUGAAAACUCACUUUAUACGACAUGAAGGGGUCGUUAUUCAGAUGAAAACAAACGGAUCGGGUCUGUGAUGGACUGAUGACCCGUCCUGGGUGUUCCCUGCCCCCCUUCCCUCCAUGCAACUCUGACCUAGAAUGAACUCGAAGUUUUAAUGGAUGAAUGGAAAACAAAGCCAGCUGCUGGUGCAGUUUUCAGUUUUUCUGUAUCAGGAAUAAUAAAAGAUGAUUAUUAGGGGGUCAAAAGA